AUGGUGAUACAGUUAUUUUAUAACCACAGCGAUAUCACACACUGUUCUUUUGAUUCCAGACUCUAUGACAAUUUUCAAACAGGAACAUUCGUUCUUUAUAAGAGUACGGCUCGCGAUUUCGAAGUUCACGUUCGCCAGUGGGACUGCGGCAGCCUUCAGCACCCAGCGUCCUGUAACUGUGGCUUUGUUGCCAAAGAAGGGAGCGAUGUGAUCGCCUUUGACAUGUGCAGCGGGCAGCGGCGCGAGUCCGAGCCGCGCUUGUCUGUCGUAAGCAGAGACACAACAGGAAGCAAUGUCAGAAUCACUGAGUCCUACCUAGGAAGAAAAGUAACUGUUUUGUUUUCUUCUGGAGCUUUCGUUCGUGCUGAUGUGAGUGAAUGGGGGAUGAGCAUAACACUUAGGGCACCCAGUUCAGAUUACAGACACACGAUGGGACUCUGUGGCACCUUUGAUGGAGAUGCGGAGAACGACUACCACACUGCAAGUGGGGUGCAAAUCCCCAAGCAUGCUAGCGUUCCUUUCUCUUUUAUUAAGGAAUGGAGGAUUCCACCAGGAGAUAGCUUGUUUGACAAGACACCUGCUUCUUUAGCGUCUUCUAGAAAAACAGUCUUCUGUGACUGCGCCCUUGAAGAUGCUGGAUUAUAUCAAUCGGUGAAUAAACUAGAGACAGUUUCUCAGUCAGAACUUCCUCUGUCUUGUAAAGAAAGCGAAAGUGGUAGAUUUCUUUCUUUGAUACCGGGACUGGAUGUCACUGCUGAGUAUCUCGGUCCUGGUGAUCUUGUCAGAGACUUAAAGAAACGUUCUGCGCGUGAAAAGGAUUCAUCUACACUUCCGCAGAGCGAGGAGAACCAACCCAAACUCCAUGAAACAUCACCAGUAAACACACGUGUCUCUGCAACCUCCGUGGGAACUGGUGUAGAAAGAGAAGGAACUUCGAGCUCAGACUUUAGCAGAAAUUCUCGCCGUGACAAUGAUCGUCUUCACCAAAGUCAAUCUGUUGCAAGUAGAGGGAAGCGCCAAAAUUAUUAUGAAUAUCAUCCAGUAGUUCUAUUCCAAAGUCUCAGCCAAACAGACUUAGAGGGAUAUAGUUAUUUUUUCCCAGAGGACCAUGCUACUGCCACAGAACCAAAGUUUCUUCCUUCUUGGCCCACGCCUUCUGGCCUCGCUGAGCCUGGCGCUUUGUCACUGUGCCAGCAGGCGAUCGCUAAUUCCAGCAUCGCAAGAUCUUGUGCCAGCCUGCUUGGCCGGCGAGUGGAGGAUGCCAUCGAUAUGUGUGUUAAAGAUCUGCUGCUGAAAGAUGAUCUCAGCUGGGCAGAAGCUUCCUUAGCUCUUCUCGAGAAUGAAUGUGAGAAAAGAAUUUUAGAAGAGAUGAAUUAUAACCCGCAGGAGCUGGAAGGGUCGGUUGAGAGCCUGCUGACUGCCUUGAAGUGCCCCAGUCUCUGCAGUGGUAAUGGGGAGUGUACAGAAUGGGGCUGUGCGUGUUUUCAGGGCUACAGCUCAUACGACUGCAGCGUAGUGUCUGACCAGGCUCCAGAAAUUACAGAGCUGGAGAAUGCCGGGCUCUGCGAUAUCCGACAGUACGACUGCGCGUCAGUGAGAGCCUUCGGACGUGGCUUCAGGGAGUCGUCGAAUCUGAAAUGCGAAAUUACCAAAUUACAGUAUAAUGAUAGACACUGGAUCCCUGGAGAACCUCUAACUAUGCCAGCUACCUUCCAAAAUGCCAGGACUGUUGACUGCCAGUUACCAAAUGAAGGCCAGCAGUCUGAUGUCAUGGAUCUGGUUGAUGAUAAACCCAUUGCCAGGUGGCAAAUAAAGAUUUCUAACGAUGGAUUCAUUUAUAGCAACUCUAAACCAAUGAUAUUCUAUGAUGGAGCCUGUCAGACAUGUGACCCACAAGGAUCUGGGUUAUGUACGUUAAAGGAGAAAACAUGCAACAUAGAUGGACUCUGUUAUGGUGAAGGCGACACAAAUCCAACCAGCCCUUGCUUGCUCUGCAGACCUGAAAUAUCAAAGUUGACUUGGUCAGUUGUUGAAAACAACCAGCCGCCAGUGCUUGAAUCUUUCCAGGGUAUUCUACAGGCUUUUUAUGGAGAAGAUUUUGUGUAUCAGUUUUUUGCUUCAGAUCCAGAGGGCUCUGCUAUUCAUUUCACCUUGGAUUCAGGUCCGGAAGGUGCCAGUCUUUCCCCUUCAGGUCUCCUUUUGUGGAGAGCUCUAUCAAUGGAUCUCCAUAAAUUAGCCUUUUCGGUGACAGAUGACUGCAAUGCAAAGACUAAGGUAGAAAUAGAGGUCAGUGUGAAAUCGUGCGAUUGCCUAAAUAAUGGCUCCUGUGUGACAAAUAUUAAUUUCCCACCUGGAAGUGGAAGGUACCUUUGUGUGUGUGUGGCUGGAUUCGAAGGUGAUCUCUGUCAAGUGAAUACUGAUGACUGUAAACUUCACCAGUGUGGCGUUGGCAGGUGUGUGGAUGGAAUAAACAGCUAUUACUGUGAAUGUCCACCUGAACUUCAAGGUAAAAAUUGUCAAGAUGAUGUAGAUGAAUGUGUAUCCAGUCCCUGCUUCCCUGGAGUGUUUUGCUUCAAUACUUUUGGCUCCUACUAUUGUGGUCCCUGCCCAAAUAAUCUGCUGGGAGACGGGAAGUCGUGUUACGUUGAAACAGAAGUGAUUACUAAUGGGCCUUCACAUCUUUUGUUUUUAGAAAGCUUCGAAGACACUAAUGUUGAAAGAAAAGAUACUACGAGCGAAAUUGGAGGGAAUAAAGCAAGAUGUAGACAAACAUGUGGCAAAAAUAUGGAGUGUGUAGCACCCAAUGUUUGCAAAUGCAAGCCUGGUUAUGCUGGUUAUAACUGUCAGGCUGCUCUGUGCAGACCUGACUGCAAAAACCAGGGGAAGUGCGUUAAGCCCAAUGUCUGUGAAUGUCUACCAGGAUACAGUGGCUCCACUUGUGAGGAAGCACAUUGCAAACCACCCUGCCAAAACGGAGGCACGUGCUUGGCCAGAAAUCGCUGCACCUGCCCGUACGGUUUUGUGGGACCGAGAUGUGAUACAAUGGUUUGCAACAGACACUGUGAAAACGGGGGUGAAUGUCUUACCCCAGACAUCUGCCACUGCAAACCUGGGUGGUCCGGACCGACGUGCAGCACAGCGAUGUGUGACCCUGUGUGUCUCAAUGGUGGUUCCUGUACUAAGCCAGAUGUUUGCCUCUGUCCACGUGGAUUCUUCGGUGCCCAGUGUCAGAAUGCUGUCUGCAGCCCGCCUUGUAAGAACGGUGGUCAUUGCAUGAGAAAUAAUGUCUGUUCUUGUCCUGAUGGGUACACAGGCAGAAGAUGUGAAAAAAGUGUCUGUGAGCCACGGUGCAUGAACGGAGGAAGGUGCGUAGGGCCAAAUGUUUGCUCUUGUCCUUCAGGCUGGAGAGGAAGAAGAUGUAACACUCCAAUCUGUCUUCAGGAAUGUAAGAACGGUGGGGAAUGUAUUGGACCAAGUACGUGCCAUUGUCCUCUGCAGUGGGAAGGAACCCAGUGUCAAACACCUGUGUGCGGCCAGAAGUGUCUGUUCGGAGGCAGGUGCGUGUUGCCCAACGUGUGUUCUUGUCGUCCUGGUUACACCGGAGUCCUCUGCGGGAAGAAAAUUCAGGUACAAAAGCAUCAUGGUUGA